AUGGCUCUGCCCCUUUGCCAAACCUCUCUACGAGCAUCAAGGGCCACUCUUCCCAGUGUCUCUUGUGUGGGACGUAGCUGCCUUCUUUUCCAGCACACUCUGCAUAAGGCAGAGUUUCGCACAAGAGCACACCUGCCUCUGGGACCUAUAGAUGCCAGAGGGUUUUAUUCAGCUCCUUCUCUCCUGAAGAACGCAUGGGCUGCUUUGAAGCAGCGCCAAAUCGAGAAAUUGUUACCUUCUUUGAUCUUUGAAGACAAAUUGCCGAGCUACGUUUACCUGGGACAGGAGGUUCUUUGGUCGCAGCCGAACGCCAUUGAGGCGGAGCGCCGCGCUGCCGAGAUCGACAGACAUCUCCAGGCGGCGGCUCGGGAGCGUCCCCUCGGCAAUGUGUGUUUUGAGGAACUUGAAGACCUCGACUGGAGCCUUUUGACUGCAGUGAGGGCCGCGAGCCCUGAGGUGUCCGCGGUGGCGCAAUACCUCCUGAAGGUCCCAUCUAAGCGCUUUCGACCCCUGCUGCUGUACCUCGUCCACCGCUUUCUGCAAUGCUCUGCCCAGCGGGAAGAGACACCCCAAGCACGCAGUGCCGCACUGCCUCUUGUGAUGGUGCACGUCGCCGAGCUAAUUCACACUGCCAGUCUGAUGCAUGACGACGUGUUGGACGAAGCGGCAACCCGCAGAGGCCACCCAGCAGCUCAUUCAGUGUUUGGCAACAAAAAGGCUGUCUUGGGUGGUGACUUUGUAUUAGCUAGAGCCAGCAGCAUCGCGGCCACUGCAGGGUCUCCCGAAGUUUGUCUCCGCGUUUCUCAAACAAUAGAGAGUCUCGUGAAAGGCGAACUCGUCCAAGCCUUCUCUCACACAUCGGAUAUUGCUAAGGCAUUUGAAACGAUGCUGACGAAGAGCUAUCACAAGACCGCCUCGUUGAUGGCCGAGACCUGCGCAUGCCUUGCCUUGAUUGGAGGACAUACGCGAGAGUGGGUGGACUGGUGCCAUGAAGUGGGGGCAAGCGUGGGGCUAGCGUUUCAGCUGUACGACGACGAGUUGGACUUGGUUGCCUCGACCCAGGCUUUGGGUAAACCAGCCAACAACGAUCUCAGAAACGGAGUAAUAACUGCUCCGCUGCUCCUGGCAGCUGUUGAGCAUUCACAGGAACUUUUGCCUGUGCUGAAACGGAAGCUGCAAGGCGAGGGGGACGCCGAGCUGGCUGCGAAAAAAAUAAGGGACAGCACAGCACUCCCCCGCGCGCGCCUUCUCUCGCGGCUGUACAUACAGCACGUCCUGCGGUUGCUAGAAGGGGUGCCACAAACGAAUCCUGAGCAAAAAGAUGCAGCUGCGGACAUAGCAAGCCUUUUGGUUUGGGUAUUACAGCGUAAAUCUAGCUGA